GCAGGAGUCAGCCAAAGGCCAAGCCAAGAGAGCGGGGAGGAGAGAGAGAGAGAGAGAGAGAGGAGAAGUCACUCCUUGUCCUCCUUCUCCUCCAAGCAGGGAUCCCCUCCUUCGUGGUUUUCAUCUGAAUCGGCCGGCUGCCAAAUCCCUCCUUGUUUUGAAACUUCCCCAUUGCCCCACCAUAUAAGCGAGCGGAGUCCCACGGCGAGGUUGUGCUUGGGUUUUGCCAGCCAGGACACGUGUCGAGCCAAAGCAAUCUUUGGCCAUGUGGCUGUACCUUGUAGGCAUCCUGGGCCUUUACCUGUUACACCGAUGGUACCGUGAGAAACAAAUCUUGAGCCCCCUGACAGAGAAGUAUGUCUUCAUAACUGGCUGUGAUUCUGGCUUCGGCAAUUUGGUGGCCAGGCAGCUAGAUGCCCGUGGCCUGAGAGUCCUAGCAGGCUGCUUCACGGAAGAGGGGGCAAAGAAACUGAAAGAGGCAACAUCACAACGUCUGCAGACCACCUCCUUGGAUGUCACCAGGACCGAAAGCGUGGCCCAGGCAGCAGAGUGGGUGAAAGGCAUCGUAGGAGACAAAGGGCUCUGGGGUUUGGUGAACAAUGCAGGCGUCUCAAUCCCAACUGCUCCCAAUGAAUGGCUGACCAAAGAGGAUUUCCAGAAAAUCUUAGAUAUCAACCUUUUGGGUGUGUUUGAUGUGACCAAACACAUGUUGCCUUUCCUGAGAAAAGCCAAGGGGAGAAUUGUCAACGUUGCCAGCGUCAUGGGCCGGGUGUCCUUCUUUGGCGGUGGCUACUGUCCUUCAAAAUAUGGAGUGGAGGCUCUUUCCGACAGUCUCAGGAUUGAGCUGGCCAGGUUUGGAGUAAAGGUCUGUAUAAUAGAACCAGGCUACUUCCGAACUGCCAUCACAAAUGAGAAAUUGUUGGUGGACACAUUCACUCGCCUCUGGGAUAGGCUUCCCGAUGAGAUCAAGCAUGCAUAUGGGGAGAGGUACUUUCAAGCAAUGAAGAAAGGAACGGCUGAGAUGCAAGCCCACUGCAGUCCUGACCUCUCUCAGGUUACCAACUGCAUGGAGCAUGCCCUGACCGCUGUCUACCCUCGCAAGCGCUACUCGGUCGGCUGGGAUGCCAAGCUCUUUUAUAUUCCUAUGAGCUAUAUGCCAGCAUUGGUAAAUGAUCUGGUGUUUGGUUGGUCUUAUCCCAAACCAGCACAGGUCAGUUAGGCAGGGAUAUCACUGGAUAAAACGAGUUGAGUUUUAAGUGAGGCUGUGGAUUAGAAUCAGCACAGAUUUUUCUUCUUUAAUGAAUAUGGACUUUGAAAGAAGCCUUGUUUCUCUUGCUACGUGAGGGCUUCUUCCCAAUUACAUUCCAAACCAAGUUAUACUUCCCUUCCUGCUUCAGUUCACUGAAAGGAGUCUUGGACCAAUAAUGUGUUUUCCCACCCAGAAUGUCCUCAGUUACGGGACCUUCGUUU